CCCCGCGCGAGCUGCAGCCAAUCGGCGCGGGGCGAGGCGGCUGCGCGCGCCGCUCCGGGGCCGCCAUCUUGUGGGAGGGCGCAGGCGAAGGGCAGAAGGCGGCGGGCACGGCGGCGGCAGCGGCCGAGGACAAGCAGCCAUGGCUGGCCAUGACUCGGGAUCUCAACACCAGUUCACUGGAUUUCAGAAGUACUUUAAUUCCUAUACCAUCAUAGGCAGGAGGAAUUAUGUAAUAGCAACGUACACAGCUGUUGCACUCAUCGCCCUGUAUUUCAAGUUUAGGCCUAAGAAGCAAACUCCUGCUGUGGCAGAUAAGUAAAUGGUUGCUGGCAUGUCUGAACCUCCAAUCUGUGUCACUGUAACGCAAGCUGAUGGCCUGUUGUGCUAAUAAAAUAUAAAUAAUUGUUUUAUUGGAAAUAUGAAAUGGUGCAAAAAA